CGGGCGGAAGCGGAAGCGUGUGCGCGUGUUCUCAUUUCCGUCGAGUGGGCGCGCGGCUUGAUUCGUUCUGCCCGGGUGACUCGGUCGCCGCCGCCGGGAAAUGGCGGGACUUACUCCUAUGGAGAAGAAACUGGCUGAAUACAAAUGUAACACAAACGAAGCAAUUCAGCUAAAACUAGUUCGCUUUCCUGAGGAUUUGGAGGAUGACAACACAACAUUUAAUCCAGAGUAUAGCCAUCAAGUGUUUGGUGAUGAUGAAGUUGCCUUUGGCUACAAGGGACUGAAGAUUCUCUUAUACUAUAUUGCUGGUAACCUGUCAACUCUCUUCCGCAUUGAAUAUACAUCUAAAGUUAAUGAGAAGUUUGACUGUGUGGAGGCAGAUGAUGUUGAAAGUAAAAUUAGAGAAAUUAUUCCUCCUGGCUUUUGUACAAAUACAGAUGACUUUGUCUCUCUGUUGGAAAAAGAGGUCAACUUUAAGCCCUUUGGAAUGCUACUACACACAUAUUCUGUUCAUAAUGAGGAAGCUGGUGAAGACAUUGCAUAUCAGAUAUAUAAGGCUGACAUGACGUGUCCAGGCUUUCGAGAAUAUCAUGAAAGGCUUCAGACAUUCUUGAUGUGGUUUAUUGAAACUGCUAGCUUUAUUGAUGUAGAUGAUGAAAGAUGGAACUACUUUAUAGUAUUUGAGAAGUAUAAUAAGGAUGGAGCUACGCUCUUUGCGACCGUGGGCUACAUGACAGUCUAUAAUUACUAUGUGUACCCAGACAAAACCCGGCCACGUGUAAGCCAGAUGCUGAUCUUGCCACCAUUCCAAGGAGAAGGCCAUGGUGCUCAGCUUCUCGAAACAGUUCAUAGAUACUAUAUGUCUUCUCCUACAGUACUUGAUAUAACAGCUGAAGAUCCAUCUGAAAACUACAUAAAGCUAAGAGACUUUGUUCUUGUAAAGCUCUGUCAAGACUUGCUUUGCUUUUCCCCAGGAAAGUUAAUGCAAGGCUUCAGCCAAGAAAUGGUAAUGGAAGCUCAACAGAAGCUGAAAAUAAAUAAGCAACACACAAGGAGAGUUUAUGAAAUUCUCCGAUUGCGUGCAACAGAUAUGGGUGAUGCAGAACAAUCCAGAAGCUACCGGUUGGAUGUUAAAAGAAGGCUGAUUGGCCCCUAUAAGGUUUUAAGUUUCAUAUUCUAAACUAUGGUCAUCUUGUUUAUGAUUGUUCUGCCUAGUGAAUGGCUUACAUGCUAAUUUUUAACAGUUUCACAAAAAAAUCUUAUGCUCCUGUUUUUAAAAAAAUAGAAUAAAACUUGCCAGAACUGCAGCUGAACUCUCAAUAUGUAGUAAUUUAGGGGAGAAAGCAACCUUUUAUAAAGAAUUGGCAAUAUUACAGCACUUUUAAUGCUUGUGUCAUGUAAACACAACUCUUUUAUAAAGCACUUGAUAACUUCAUUUGAAUUGUAUUGUACAGGUACAGUACAAUUCUAAAUUCUUAAUAUCUUCCACUAUUAACAGUGGUCCUGCAUCUUAGAGCUAUUUCCUGACUAACUGUUGCAGAAAUACAGAAAAAUUUUGAAAUGAGUCUUCAGCUUGCCAGAUAAUUGGUAAUACAGCAACUGUGGAGCUUUAACAGAAGAGGUUUCCUAGUUAAACUGUUAGUGGAUUUUUCUUUGUUUUUAUUAUUUUUUUAAAGCAUUAGGGACUUCAUAAAGACCUAGAUAUUGAAAUGGAAUAAAUGCAGUAAAAUACUGUACUCUUCACUGUUCCUUAUGUUCAAAUUACUGUUUAUUU